GAGCUGCGCCAUUCUCGAAAAGGGCAGCGCACGAGGCGUACGCCGGGCCUGGGACGCUCCACGCUGUUUUUACUUUUCACCGACUCCAUUGCUGUGAUAUUAGAUUGUUUUUUAUCCGCUUGUUAGAAACGAGGAAACGAAGCCAGAACUACCAUGGAGGACGACCAGCAAUUCUGCCUAAGAUGGAACAACCACCAGAGUACACUAAUACAGAAUUUCGACACACUCCUCGAGAGCGGUACGCUGGUCGACUGUACCCUGGCAGCGGAGGGGAAGACUCUCAAGGCCCACAAAGUAGUCCUCUCCGCAUGCAGUCCAUACUUUGAGUGCCUCCUCAGCGAACACUACGACAAGCACCCAGUCUUCAUACUCAAGGAUGUUAAAUUCAAAGAACUAAAGGCGAUGAUGGACUAUAUGUAUAGGGGGGAAGUUAAUAUUUCCCAAGACCAAUUGGCAGCACUUUUAAAAGCCGCUGAGUCACUGCAAAUUAAGGGCCUUUCGGAAAGUAAAACAGCUGGCAGUGAUAAGACGGAAUCCAGGCCACAGAAAACCGUCUGCACCGUGCAACCGACAGCACCAUCGUUAGACAUUCCACACGCGUCUUCCGGUCUGACGAUAGAAAAGAACAAAGUUCCUAGGCAGACGCAAAGUUCCGUGGGGGAUAUCCCCGUGGAUACGGAUAGUCCUCAGGGGUUAAAAAGGGGUCUUACCUCCUCCUCUAGGGAAGGCUCGCCGCAAAGUCCAAUAUCGAGAAAAAGAAAAAGGUUUCGAAGAAGAAGCUUAGACGAAGAAAACACUAUAGAAAAUCAAGAUGCAUCGAGUUCCAGUGAUAUUCAGACUCAACAACAAAUGGGUAUACCGGCGCUUGGAAUCGCGCCUGUGGCGGACGAAAAAACACACGCAGAUUCGGCUGAUACUCUCGGCAGGUCAGCUUUAAUGACGCAGUUGACGAAAUCCGCCGACGAGAUGUUGCAGCUGCCACUUGAAAAACCCGAGCCAAAUGAUAAUCUCAUCGAGCCAAAGUCUGAAUACGAGGACCCUGAGGAGGCUGUCGAAGACCUGACGCUAGACGAUGAUAUGAAUGAUCUUAACGACAUGGAGCAGGACACAAAUAGAGCUGGACCGUCACACGAUCCCACCCAACACCCCGCAGGACUUGGCACGUGGCAUAUCACCGGUGACCGAAGUAACGCGGGGGGCGUCGUGGGUUCUGCGAUAGGAGCACCAGGAGCGACAGAUGAGGCCUUGUUAGCAGCUCAGGAAGCAGCGCAACAAGCUCAUCGCGACUCGCAAGAGUCGAUUCUCGAAUAUCGUUGUUCGCGAUGCGAUCGGCGUUAUUCGGUCCAAUACUGUCUGGAUAGGCAUCAGCGCUACGAAUGCGGGGUGGAGAAGCAGUUUGCCUGCGGGAGCUGUCUGCGGCGUUUCACCAGGCUGGAUAUUAUGCGGCAGCACCAGAAGAGGACGGGCCAUCAUAUAACGCCUUACAUUAGGGAGAGGAUCGAAAUGACGCGGUCGGGCUGGCAUUACCGAGACGGCAAAGGCGUACUCGAGGAAAUAUGAAAGCGAGGGCUAGCAGCGACAGCAGCAACGACUAACGGCGUUAACAUCAGCAACAGCAGAGCAGCAUGUCAGAUUCAUAGUCGCCCUUUCACUCCCGUUGUGUGAUUUCCACUUUCCAUCGGCGUCUUCGAGCUUUUCGACUAUGAAGAUGAGAGAAGCACGUCGCGAUGCCAAGUAAUUUAGUUUCUAAUUCUUUUCCCCCACACAUGUCUCUUGUCGCUUUCGCACUAGGUAACUGUAACUCAAGUACGUAUCUACAAAUUUGUAAUUUGUGCUUUCUGUCGAGAAGUCGACUGUCGCUGUCUGCUUUCCAUGGAUGCAGAUGGGACGCUUGAUCGCUCGAUAGAAAUUGAUGUUGGAGUAUCUGAAUUUCGUGUUGAUCUCCAAGUGGAAAAUUUUAAAAUUUACGAGGGGGUUUUAUAUUUUAUUUUAUUUUUUGUUUUGUUUAAAUGAAUUAGUAAAAAAAAUUUCUUUUUAAUUUUUGGAGUUCAACUCGAUUUUUCGGUUACGACAGAAAUUUAGCGUCAUAUUUUAAAGCAGUUAUCUAGUCGAGUCACAGUAUGUUUAUUAACUUGAGAAAUUAUAUUCGAUUUCAAUUAUUGUCUUGGCUCGUGACACGCACGAUUCUUGCUACAUUCGAUACUACUUUUCAAAUAUUUAAUAUAACGAUAUCUUUGUUUUGAUUCAAAUUCAUUUUGUUAAAGUUUAUUUUAUAUUACUUUGAAUAAUCGCUUGAUACAAUUACAUUUUUUUUUAUGUAAAAAAUGAGAUGACAGAAAAUUUGCAGUUUCAAGAUCUUAAAUAGAAAUUUUUGUUUGAUAAUGUUAUACCGAAAAUAACGGAUAGUUCGUAUAAAUGUUAAUUUAUCCAAAUUCAAAAUUGUUUAAUGUUUCAGUAAGAUAAUCUCUUGGAAAUACAAUCGGAGUUAUUAAUUACUUUUGUAAAUCGAUUCUUUAGAAACGACACGGCGAUGAUCGCCAAUCAUUGUUACAAUAAAUGGCCGAUUGCUGCGAAAAAUUAA